AGGUAGCAAUUCAAAAGAAGAGUUACUUCUCAAAUUGAAAAAGACAAGAAAUGCGCUUCUUAUUGGUAUUGGCUUUUGCCACCGUUGCCCUUGCUGGCACAGUUUUACCCAAUCAGGGUUCCUUCAUUCGUCCCAUGAGCAACAAGGUUGACGAAUAUGUCACCGACCUUAUGGAAAAUGAUGGUGAAGUUGAAUAUGUUGUCGAUCAUGAAGAUGGUACCGCCGAAGUUGCUCCCCAAUUCAUUUUGUCCUGGCAAAUUCGUCGUUUCAUUCGCAAAUUGCAAAAGCAAAUGCCUUGUGGCUGGCCUCAAUAUGGUAUUCCUCCAUUGGCCCCCUUGAAGGUUCGCGAAGCUGAAUUCACUUUGAAGAAGGGAAUUUUGGAAACCUUCGACAAAGUUUUCAAAUUCCGUGUUGAUGGCUUGGACAACUUCAAAAUUAAACAAUUCAAAUUGAACAUGUUCACCUCCAAGAUCAAAUUUGAUUUCUUGUUUAAGAACAUUGCUGCCUCCGCUUCGAAAUAUGAAACCGACACCAUUUUGGAUGCCAUGCGUCAAUUGGGCCUUUCCGUGCAAUACGAAGGUGACGGCACUUUGGGAUUCGGUUUGAAGAAUUUGCGCGUUGCAGGUACUUUGAAAUACAAAAUGCCCAUUUUGUGGGGUUCCAUCAAGAUCACCUCUUUGAAGACCCAAAUUACCUUGGAAUCCUGCGAAUCGGAAAUUGGCGGUUUCAUGGGUGAUGGUUCCAUCAACCGCAUGAUCAAUCGUCAAAUCGAGAACUUCGUUGAGAAGGGCAUUAACAAUAAUCAAGAUGAAAUUUCCGACUUCAUCGAAGACAACUUGGUGCCUAAGGUCAACAAGUUGUUGAAGGGUAACGAUUUCUGGACUUUGAUUGAUUUGAUUUUCUCCAGCUCUGAGGGUGAAAGUGAAGACGAUCCCAUCACCACCAACUGUGUUCCUCCUGCAGAUCCCUGGGCUUAAAUAAAGUUGAAACGUAAUGAAGUUCUGUAAUUUUUUUUAACGAAAAAUACAUACAGAAAAUGUUUCUUUGAAAUGAAAUAAAAGAAUGUAAAUAAAAUUUAA